AUGUCUCAGUCCUCAGCCUCUGCUCUCGCGGUUCAUUCAGCAUUGGUGAUUGUCCGACUGCGCGUUGUUCCUCUUGUGACAUUUUGGUGUCUUCUUGCGAGUGUGUGGACCUUCACACUCGUGCUUGGUCUGAUUAUUCCCAUCAUCAUGGAUCAUCUCUACCCUGUACCCUACAUGGCUUUUUGGGAUGUGUCCUGUUUUGUGAACAAAGUAUAUUUCAUGCAGAUUGUUUGGCUUUUCAAUCUGCCUUUCUUGUUACACCUAUUGAUCACUCUGAUCUGCUAUCCGAUCGUCAGUGUCCGUUUAACAAGACAGCUGCGAUUUCUCCGGGCAUUCGCCGAGCGGUCUCCCGCUGGACCAGGUCAGACUAGAGAUGAUGAUGCCAUUCGCUCAUCACGCAAGUUGCUCAUAUUCCCCAUGGCUUUUGUGCUCGGCAACCUGCCUCUCAUCUUCAUCAUCGUUGCCAGCCUGGUUGCACCAACUUGGUUGUCCCAUGAGCUUUGGCCUAUGGCUAUUGCAAGUUGCUUUCUCGCAUUGUUACCGCUUGUCAACACGUUGAUUUACUUCUUCGCGACUCCGCUGUUCAAAAGCUCGCCAGUUGGGCAAAGCGUGACGACCGCAAGCCGUAGUCGACCUGAUGACGCCUUGGCACUCAACUCGGAUCCGAACGUGGAGCUGCAUGAUUCUUUGCCACCGAAGACUGAGCAAGUUGUGUUUCGACCGAGCCAAUCAGACUCCUGUCGCAACAGUGUACAGAGUAAAGUGGUGGGGAUUCGACAAUACGAUGAUGGUCAUGCCGGACUGGACCCGUCCAAGUCUGAGGCUCCUCCCAAUUGGCCUAUCCGCUAG